AUGUGCCGCGGGCGGAGGAAGUUCCUGCUGGCCACCUUCGCCGUGCUCUUCGUCCCGGUUCUCACCUGGCUCUACCUCUCCGCCGCCAGUUUCCAAGCUGUGAAAUCCAUCGCUCUGUCCCCCCUGGAGCCCCAGCUGGGCACGGUGCCGUCGCUGGGGGGGCGGGACCGGCUGGCGCUGGAGGGGCGGGUUCGGGAGGUGGAGGAGGAGAACCUGGCCCUCCGCAGGGAGCUCAGCCAGCCCCCCCGGCACCCCCGCCCUCACCGCCACGCCGGGCGCCACGGCAACCAGUCCCGCACCUCCUCCACGGAAGAGGGGACAGGCGACAACGACGGCCAGCGGGCAGGCGCCCCCGGCAACGGAUCUGACUGCGCCCAGCAACCGCCGGUGGACAAGUGCGAGACCAUCCACGUGGCCAUCGUUUGUGCCGGAUACAACGCCAGCAGGGACGUGGUGACGCUGGUCAAAUCCGUCCUCUUUCACCGGCGGAACCCUCUGCACUUCCACUUCAUCACGGAUGCCAUCGCCCAGCAGAUCCUGGCCUCGCUGUUCCACACCUGGAUGGUUCCCGCGGUGCGGGUGGACUUCUACGACGCUGACGAGCUCAAGUCGGAGGUGUCCUGGAUCCCCAAUAAGCACUACUCCGGGAUCUACGGGCUGAUGAAGCUGGUGCUGACCAAGACCCUCCCCCCGGACCUGCAGCGGGUCAUCGUCCUGGACACCGACAUCACCUUCGCCACCGACAUCGCCGAGCUGUGGGCCGUCUUCCACAAGUUCAAAGGCCAGCAGGUUUUGGGUCUGGUGGAGAACCAAAGCGACUGGUACCUGGGCAAUCUGUGGAAGAACCACCGGCCCUGGCCCGCCCUGGGGAGAGGCUUCAAUACAGGAGUGAUCCUGCUGCUGUUGGACAGGCUGAGGAAGCUGAGGUGGGAGCAGAUGUGGAGACUGACUGCAGAGAGAGAGCUGAUGAGCAUGCUCUCCACCUCGCUGGCUGACCAGGACAUCUUUAACGCGGUGAUCAAGCAGAACCCCUUCCUGGUUUACCAGCUGCCCUGCUUCUGGAACGUGCAGCUGUCCGACCACACCCGCUCAGAGAAGUGCUACAAGGACGUGUCCGACCUGAAGGUCAUACACUGGAAUUCCCCCAAGAAGCUGCGGGUGAAGAACAAGCACGUGGAGUUUUUUCGGAACCUGUACCUGACCUUCCUGGAGUACGACGGGAACCUCCUCCGCCGGGAGCUCUUCGGCUGCCCCAGCGAGACCGACCACAACAGUGAGAACCUCCAGAGGACGCUCUCCGAGCUGGACGAGGACGACCCCUGCUACGAGUUCCGGCGGGAGCGCUUCACCGUGCACCGAACGCACCUCUACUUCCUGCACUACGAGCACGAGCCAGCGCAGGAUGGCACGGACGUCACACUGGUGGCCCAGCUCUCCAUGGACAGGCUGCAGAUGCUGGAGGCGAUCUGUAAGCACUGGGAGGGCCCGGUCAGCCUGGCGCUGUACCUCUCGGACGCCGAGGCGCAGCAGUUCCUCCGCUACGCGCAGGGCUCCGAGGUGCUGAUGUCCCGGGGCAACGUGGGAUACCACAUCGUCUACAAGGAGGGCCAGUUCUACCCCGUCAACCUGCUGCGCAACGUGGCCCUGAAGCAGGUCAACACGCCCUACGUCUUCCUCUCCGACAUCGACUUCCUGCCCAUGUACGGCCUCUACGAGUACCUCAGGAAGUCGGUGGUGCAGCUGGACAUGACCAACACCAAGAAGGCCCUGGUGGUGCCGGCCUUCGAGACGCUGCGGUACCGGCUGUCCUACCCCAAGUCUAAGGCCGAGCUGCUGUCCCAGCUGGACAUGGGCACGCUCUUCACCUUCAGGUACCACGUGUGGACGAAGGGCCACGCCCCCACCAACUUCGCCAAAUGGCGGACGGCCACCACGCCGUACCGCGUGCAGUGGGAGGCGGACUUCGAGCCGUACGUGAUGGUGCGCAGGGACAGCCCCGAGUACGACCGCCGGUUUGUGGGCUUCGGCUGGAACAAGGUGGCCCACGUCAUGGAGCUGGACGCCCAGGAGUACGAGUUUGUGGUGCUGCCCAACGCCUACAUGAUCCACAUGCCCCACGCGCCCAGCUUCGACAUCACCAAGUUCCGCUCCAACAAGCAGUACCGUGUCUGCCUGAAGACCCUGAAGGAGGAGUUCCAGCAGAACAUGUCCCGUCGCUAUGGUUUCGCCGCCCUCAAGUACAUGACCGCCGAUAACAGCAGCUAGACGCGCCCCGCCCGUGCCCCGCCCGUGCCCCGCCCUCUGUCAGGGGCGAGGAGGAGCCCAGAGGCUCCGUGGGGGAACCUCCCAGCCUACUCAGAUUUCGUUUCUGG